AUGUACCGGAAAAUGCUGCGGAGUCAUGAGAACGAGCCGGACCUCGAGAAUCGCAAGAAAUCACUCAAGAACCGGAGUUUAUCGAGAGAAGCGAGGAACAGACAAAUUUCUGACAGCGAAUCUGAGAAUCUUCCAAAAAGUGGACCUACGAGUAGCAAACCGUUGGCCAAGUCUCACAACGUCGAAAAAAGCGAGUUUUUUUUUCUUCUUUUUCGAAUCCUGUCCAAUCUGACCUCCUUGUUAGUUCUUCUAGUAGACUACCUCAAAUUAAACCUAGAAAUUUCGAAUUCGGAUAACGAGAUCAGUCGAGAGACAAAUCGACUGUCAGAAAGCCAACGUGUCCUGAUCCAGAAGACCUUUCUCAACAUAGAAAAAGAUCCAGUCCGAAAUGGAUUGAAGAUUUUUGUCAGGUAAAGACCAAGUUUCUAAACUAAGGCAAAUGACCAAGUUCAGGUUAUUUUCCGAGUAUCCGAACUACAAGUUGGUCUGGCCACAAUUUCGAGCCAUUCCCGAUUCUUCAUUGAUGAACGCCAUCGAGUUGAGGUGAGGGAAAGUCCAAUCGAAACUCUUUUUCAUUAGAGAACAAGUCGAAAUUCUAUCGUCGCACGCGGAUUCGCUUCGAUGUAAAACAGUCUGACGUGUGUACGUCUCUUUUCUCUCACUGACGAGGUCAUACAACGAAAAUAGCGCGUCAAAGCGAGAGUUCAUUCUAGGGAAGACUUUCUUCCAAAGAGGGCGCCGAGAAAUGUUCAAAAUUGUGACGAAUGGAAUUCUGAAUUCAAAAUUUACUCUACAGACGACACGCUUCGGUGUACAUGUGUGGCCUGCGACAAAUCAUAGACUCGAUGGGAAACGAGGAAGAACUCGCGGCUCAAUUGUCGCGAAUCGCCCUGGCUCACAUCAAGUGGAACGUUCAGCGAUAUCACGUUGUUGUACGUUUUUUUGAGCAUCAAAAACUAACUGAGCUCAGCAAAGGUUGUGAGAAAGAUGAAAUCAGAUUUCCUUAUACGUUUCCGGUUGGUGAUUCCUUCUGACUAAAAAAUGCUAGAAAUACAGCUGUUGUAAAGGAGCAACGAGGAAGUAGCUACAUUAUAAUGAGCUUUGAAUAGAAAUGUUGUUAUGAAGAUAUGAUUUUUAAAAUUCCAGUAAUACUUUCAAGUUUCAGCGCUGAUAAACGGAAUCUUUGAAAAAUUAAAUCUUUGAACCAAGAAGUUUGCAAAAGGUAGCGACUGAAUUCGGGCUUUCAAUGAAGAUUUUUCGGAAAGGUUCCAAAAUUCACCCUAAAAGACCGCCUUCGUCAAUCCAUUGAUUGGCUUCCAGUACAAAUUUCCUCGCAAUGGUUUCACUAAAAUAUCCUAAUAUAACGUCAUUUCUCCUAUAGAAUCCGUCUACAACUUGCAGAACAUGUGCGAGCCAGUUUGCGAAGUGGUCAAAGAGUGCAACGACUACAAAAUGGACGCGGAGACGCGCAAGGCCUGGACCGUCCUCUACCAAGUCAUCGCCAACUUGAUCGAAGUUUUCCGGGCGCGCGCCAAGUAA